AUGCGGACAGGGAGCUGUCACACUGACGGGGGCUUGACACAUGAAAAUGAGACCCCGAUCCGCAUGCUGGGAUUGAGAAGGGAGACUGGGAGGGACCGGGAGGAUGAAGAAGUGAAAGAGGGGAAGAAGGAGGAGGAGGAGGAAGAAGAGGAGGAGGAGGAGGAGGGUGGCCUACCAGCUGUCAGAGGACUGAGUGACAGGUCAAGGACGGUGGCUGAGCAGCAAAACUCCUCCAAGGGCCUUUGA